AUUCGCGUCCGUAUCCGUCCGCAUCCGUACGUACACUAUAGGACCAGGGCUUUAAAGUGCUCUACGCCUCGAACUUCAGGUCGUUCGAUCUUCGCUUCUGCCUCUCGUAAGAUGGCUCUUGUAGAAGUCUCUUAACUCGAAAGGACGUGGUGAACAGACCUUACAUGCGCAGUGUAGGCUAUUUUGAGAAUUUGAGAGAUCUUUUCAUCGUCUUUCGAUUCGACAAGUAUGAAGUAUACUGCCACUACAAGUUAUUAAAACUUUCUAACCUCAAAAUGGUUCGCUACAAGAACAGGUAUAUCACUAUUCAGGUAUCAACACGUGACAAAUCCGAUAAAGCUUUCAAUUUGAAAACCACAGCUUUGCAUGAUGCUAUAAAAAAAAAAGUAAAAGAAAUGUAUGGUGAUUAUGGAGAAGCAGCAAGUCAAGCUGGAUUUUCAGCUAAAUACUGUAAUAGUUAUACUAAAAUUGGUUUAAUCAAAAUUCGCCACGGACCACACAUGUUCUUAUUGAAUGCCAUACCAAAAAUAAAUGAUCUUGGAGGUAAACUAGUUACGGUAAAAAUUCUUUACGUUGGUGCAACAAUGAAGCAUUGUUUCUUAUUUAUCAGGAAAUAUCAAAGGAAUAAACUAGAAUUAAUGUGGAAAGAAUUAAAGAGUGAGAAAGAAAAAAAAGACUGUGAACAAAAAUUGAUGACAAUGUCACCUGCAAUGAAAGAGCUUAUGAACUAAGAAAUAAGUUAUGAAUGAUGUACAUUGCCUUGUAUAUACAAUGUAUAUAAAAACAUAUUUUAUACUAUAAUGUUUACUGUAGCAUAGAAUUAAAUAGAAAU